AUGCCUGAAUAUCACCAACAAACCCCAAUAGACUCUUCCGAUGAGUCUCAGAUAUAUUUAACCUACGAAGCCGCAACAAGUCAACUACGAAGGAAGCUGACUCGCAAGGGAAAAGAAGAGAGAUUCCAAUAUCAGCUUAUCAGCAUUGUUUUCAACUUGAUUGCAAUCACGCAAAUAAUACUCGGUGCAGCCAUUACGGCAUUAGGACCUUCAGCCGGUGAACAUGUGCUAGCAAUCACAAUUCUAGGGGCUUUAAAUACCUCUAUUGCUGGGUUGUUAGCUCUACUUAAAGGAAGAGGGCUUCCUGAGCGACUAAGGAGAAAUUCGAUCGAGAUUGCUAAGGUUUUGGACAUUAUCCAAGAAAGAACAAUCUUACUGAGAUAUGGCAAUACCCAAACUUCUAAUGACGGUAUUUCGUCUCAUUUGCAAGAAGCUUUCCGAGCGUACACCUCUGCCCAGCAGAUAAUUGACGGGAAUCAACCCGAUACAUAUACAGUCGGAAAGAAAAAUCACAACUCUGUCGCCGCUACAGAUAUGAAUGGUUCUUCAAGUGAAACCACAGUGACCAAUGAAGCGAGUGGAAAGAGACGCCAAAUAGACGAGGAAAUGGGAAAUGUUCAUGCGGUUUAA